AUGAAUAUUGUGCACUGUGCUGUUAAUCCUUGUUAGGAUUAGGUAAAGCCUUGGCCACACUGGAAAUGGGUUCAAAACGCCAUGGCAACGACAAGAAUGAGGGGAAAAAACAUGAAUGGUGAAGUGGCUGCUUGUUCUACAUUGAAGUCGAUGCUCAUUUGUAUAAGAUUUGUAUUCUGUCGGUGAUGCCUCUCCGCCUGUUGGGUACACUAAUGUGCCGUCACUAUCACAAGACUUAGUGGAUGCAGGUUAUAUUUAGGCUCUGGGAGAAAAUAGCGGUGUUGGUUGGUGAUUCCUUUUGAAUGGUUGCUGCUACCAAAGACCUGCUGGUUGAGUGUGGUGCAGGAGAGGAGAGGAGAGGAGAGGAGAGGAGGGGGCCUCUCACACACACUGCACACAAAUACCAAAAUAGGAUAGAGCUGCCUGCGACCGUCCUGCGUGAGCUAAAUUGAGGCUCAUGUGUUUUGGAGAGGAGCUGUUCGAAGAGAGAGGACGCUGCUCACUGUCAUUGUUGAACAGCGAGGGUCAUCCAUGGGUGAGAGAUGUCACAUGAACAAACUGAAAUCUACACAUACAAUUUCUGCGAUGGAGACCAUCCAGCCGAGCUCCUGGAGGCUCUCAGGCAUUUCUACAUAAGUGGCCUGUUUACUGACGUUACCCUGCAAUGUGGCGAGUCCGGACAGGUGUUUCACUGCCACAAGGCGCUGCUGUCAGCCAGGAGCUCCUAUUUCAAAGUCAUGUUCACAGCUGAUAUGAGGGAGAGGUCGAACAGCGUCAUCAAACUGACCGGGGUUGACUGCGGGGUUCUGGGCGCCCUGGUGAACUAUGUUUACUCAGCUCAGGUGUGCAUCACUGAGAGCAACGUGCAGAGCCUGCUGGAGGCUGCGGAUCUCCUGCAGUUCAUCUCUGUGAAACAAGCAUGCGAGGAGUUCCUCAUUCGCCUCCUGGAUGUGGACAACUGCCUUGGCAUGCAUGCUUUUGCUCAGCUGCAUCUGUGUCCUGGCCUGGAGAGGGAGGCCCGGAGAGUGAUGCUCAGCAGGUUCACAGACCUUAUUCAGCAGGAGGAGUUCCUAGAGCUGGAUCAUGAUAAGAUGAGAUCAGUUUUGGCUGCUCAGAACCUCAACAUGCAGAGGGAUGAAGUGCUGAUUGAUGCUGUGACCAAAUGGGUAACUCAUGACUUGGAUAAUCGUAUUCAUCAUGCUGCAGACCUGCUGCAUUCCAUCCAUCUUGACCUGGAUGAGAUUUACUUCAAGGCUACUUUAGAAGUGCACAGAGAGUGCGUGCUGAGCAGUGAAGGGAAAUUUAAAUCCAUGAUCAUUCAGGCUUUAAGGUCCAGCAGCAAGGAGAUGUCUGCAAGCAGAAAAAUGUCUCCAAGCAUGUACAUCAUCGGAGGGUACUACUGGCACCCUCUUUGUGAAGUUCACAUAUGGGAUCCUAUAAGCAACACAUGGGUGCAAGGAAAAGACAUGCCUGACCAUGCAAGAGAGAGCUACAGCAUCAGUUUACUCGGAGCAAAUAUCUAUGUGACUGGAGGUUACAAGACAAACACUGUUGAGGCCCUGGACACAGUUGUGAUUUAUAACUGUGACUAUGAUGAAUGGACCGAGGGUUGCCCCAUGAUUACAGCUAGGUACUAUCAUUGCUCUGUGGCUUUGCAUGGCUGCAUUUACGCCAUUGGAGGCUACAGAGGAGGAGCUCCAGAGCGAGAGACGGAAUUUUAUGAUCCCCUGAAAAAGAAAUGGUUCCCUGUGGCUAAAAUGAUCCAAGGUGUAGGAAAUGCUACUGCCUGUGUAACGGGAGAUAAAAUCUAUGUUACUGGAGGCCACUAUGGGUACAGAGGAAGCUGCACCUAUGAAAAAAUCCAAGUUUACAGGCCAGAUGUCAAUGAGUGGAGUAUCAUUACAAUAAGCCCUCAUCCAGAGUACGGCCUGUGUUCUGUGUCUCUCGAUAACAAGCUGUAUUUGGUGGGUGGACAGACGACUGUCGCAGACUGCUUCGACACCGAGAGAGACAAAUGGAGAUCGAUAUCGGUGAUGAAGGAGAGGAGGAUGGAGUGUGGGGCUGUGGUAAUAAACGGUUGUAUUUACGUAACAGGGGGAUACUCCUACUCAAAAGGAACUUACCUGCAGAGCAUUGAGAAAUACAACCCUGAACUGGACUCUUGGGAGAUUGUAGGGACUCUUCCCAGCCCAGCCAGAUCACAUGGAUGUGUUUGUGUUUACAGUGUUUAAUGUCAAGACUUCAUUACAAAAUGUUUGUUGUCAUUUUGUGCCAAAUGGAUCAAAUGAAUAACUGUAUUCUGUCAAACUGUGCAAGUGUCAGGUACACUAUCACACCGAGAUUUGUCAAGUUAACCCAUGUUUUGCACUGGAUAAUUGCCUAUAGACAGCUACACAUUUGCCUGUAAAUAUAAUGAAGAACAAGUAUGUCACUAAAAACUCAGGGGCCUCACGGUUAGCGUUUUAGUUUACUAUAUGAGUAUUUUGGUUUUAAAAGACUGAAAGGAAAUACUGGGGAGGAAAAAGACCAUAUUUGUGUAAGGUUAAAAUCCACAUUAAAAAACAUUGAAUCCAGUUUAGACCAAUGAUGCACUAGUUAGUACACAGCAAAGCAUCAUUUUUAGUAGAGCUGUACCAGCAGGCUGCUACUUGAUUAAACAAAUCAAUACACAUGUGAA